AUGCCAGGACAGGCCAACCUGGUCAAAGACCUCCAGGAUGCUUUUGACUGUGGGGAUAAGCCUCUGUUUGACAGUAACACUGAUGUUCACACAGUGGCAUCCCUCCUGAAGCUCUACCUCAGGGAGCUGCCAGAGCCUGUGAUCCCCUUUAACAAAUAUGAGGACUUUCUAACCUGUCUACAGCUUCUGCUAAAAGAUGAAGAAGUGGGUCUCAGUGAGCUUGUGAACCAGGUGAACACUCUUCCUCAGGCUAAUUAUAAUUUGUUAAAGUACAUUUGCAAAUUCUUAGAUGAGGUGCAGUCACAUUCGAAUGAGAACAAGAUGAGCGUUCAGAACCUUGCAACAGUUUUUGGACCAAAUAUCCUUCGGCCUAAAGUAGAGGACCCUGUUUCAAUGAUGGAAGGAACCUCCCAGGUUCAGCACCUGAUGACGGUGUUGAUCAGUGAACAUGAUCGUCUGUAUGUGGGGACUGAGGGAGAUGCGAUUUCAGAGCAGACCAGAAUUUGUCGUCAGGGUCAGCGUGGCAGGGCGGAGUGGAUCUCCGAUGAGGAGAUGCUGAACUGCUCAUCGCCGAGCCAGGCGUCCAAAGUGGCAGAGAGUGUGUGUGGCAGUGCCACGUCCUUAGAUAUGAGUACAGGUGCCCCUACCACUGCCAAAAUGACACCUCAGGGAAAAGCUGGGGUGACAGUCAGCCCCAGCAAACAGGCUAAAUCCCUCCCCUCUUGGAAAUACUCCUUCAAGAGCGGAGGGGUACGUGCUCAACCUGCAAAAAUCGGGGGCUCGUCUGUGGAUGUGUCCACCUUGCCCAGUACGGGCAACUGGUUGAUGAACGGGCUUUCCUCUCUGCGCAGCCACCGGCGUACAUCAUCAGGAGAGCGCAUGGGCAAGGAUUCAGCCCCGUCGCACCGUUUAUCCACUUACGACAAUGUGACCUCAUCGAGUCUCAGCGUACCCAGCGCCGCAAGCACGCCCUGGUCCACGUCCUCCUGUGAGAUCUUAGUGGACGACUCUGUGGGUAGUGACGCCUCUGGACUGAACUCUGUGAAGGUGGAUUGGUCAGUUGGAGGGUCUGUCCAAGGGCAAAGUGGGGACAGGAAUUCAGAGGUCACUAAGAGCAGCGAAGUACUGGAAAUGUGUGUGAGCAGUGCAGGCUGCAGUGAGAAUGGAAGUGGAGAAGAUGCGGUGAACGUCACAGGAGACACUGACAUUAGCAAGACAGCACUUAACGGCCUGGUAACAGAGCUGAAAGACGAGUUAAAGAAACAGAAGGUCAACUACGAAUCACAAAUACGAAGGCUAGAGGAAACAAGUGUCACUAUGCGUAACCAAAUGGAGAGACUAGAGGAGGAGUUGGACCAGGAGAAGAAAAAGUAUCGCAUGUUGGAAAUUAAACUCCGCAACUCUGAGCGGGCCCAUGAGGACGCAGAGACCCGCAACCGCUUGCUUCAGAACGAGAUGGAGGAGUUCUUCUCCACUUUGGGAGAUCUUACGUUGGGAACAAGGACAAGCAAAAUUUGACUGGCCCUCUUACAGGCCUCCUGAUUUAACACUGAGAGACUAUGUGUUUGUUGUAGAUAGAAUUUCGAAACCUCUCUGCUCAUGCAUCAUGAGUAUUCAGAGGUAAUUUUGUGCUGUUUUGUUACAGCGACUUGAUCAUGUGUAGCAGUUACACUUUUCUCCCUGAUCUUCAGUCUUUCAUUUUAAAGGGAUAGUUCACACAAAAAUACAAAUGCAAUGGUUAUUU